AUGGCUGCUGAUGAAUACUACGGCUCCAGCGCUCCGCUCGAAUCCUACCAUACACAGCCGCGGUCUAUGGCGCAUCAUAGCGAUGGCAGUCCCCGGCCUUUUAUCAUGGUCAUGAGCAGGAGCAUGAAUAUGAGCAUGGGCAUGGACAUGGGCCUCUGGUACAUGAACAAGAAUAUGAGCAUGGACACGGACAUGGACACGGACAAGAAUAUGAACAUGGACACGGCCAUGAACAAACAACCAUAUGGCCCACCCACAAUUCAAGACUCCUACGGUGGCGGCUACGGCGGCGGCUACAGCCACAAUCACACAAGCGCACAUGGCCAAAUAGAACAAUACCACAACGACCAUGGCCAGGUAUCACAAUACACUGAUGUCGCAUCUCGAAAGAAAAAGCAACGUCACAGUAGUACAUAUUCACAGGAAGGCCAGCACCGUCAUAGUGCCUAUUCUCAAAGUGGCCAGGUAGUCGAGCAUCAACAUCACAAUGAUCAGGUAUCGCAUUACACUGAACAGGCUUCCCACAAGAAGAAGCAUCGUCACAGCGCCUAUUCUCAAGCAGCCGUAGAAUAUGAGGAGCCCUUCGACCCAAAUGCACCUGCUAGUGAGCGCGGUCUGGGAUCAACUCUAAUCAGCGGUGCGGCGGGUGGAUAUCUUGCGCACAAGACAGGUGGAAACUUCAUGACUACUAUCACUAGCGCAAUAGGAGGUGCGAUUACCGCAAAUGUAGCCAAUGACGAACUCAAGAAGCAUAAAAAGAAGCGGGAUAAGAAGGAGAGAGAGGAAAGGAGAGAAAAGAGGGAGAGGAGGGAGAAGAAAAAAUUAACCUCCACUACUCACACCACUUCAUACCAACUUAUAAACGCCGGCUCUUCCGGGUCAGGUGGAAGGAUAUCAAGUUCGGGGCAUGGAGGUCACAGUGGAGGAACGAGCGGUGGUGGUGGGAGGACUUCGUCGAAUACACUCCAAGUCGUAGUCGCAGGGAGUGGCCGCUCAAGCUCAAGACAUAGACGCAGCUCGUCGCACCAAAGCUCCUCCAGCAAUACCCUAUCUCCCAACGCAUAUAGCAGCCAUGGCUCCACUUAUGUGGUCACUCAUUCCCACUCCACCUCCCGUUCUCGUCGCCGCCGUGAUUCGUCCUCGGAAUCGGGCCGUUCUCGAGAGUAUCUCUCCAGUCACAGCCAUGGUAGAAGCCAUAGCCGGAGCCAUAGCCGAAGCCAUAGUCGAAGCCAUAGUCGCCGGCUCAGUUAUAGUAUAGAAAAGCCGACUAAGGAGCCUUUGCUAACUUCGUUAUUUGCAUACGGGUACUCAACUGGCGGAGGCCACGUAUUCAGUAGUGGGUCGAGCGAGAGAUCGAGAUACGUAAAGACGUCACAUAGACACCGUAAGAACCAUGUGCAGCGCGAGCACCGUGACCAUCAUCACAAGAGGGCUGGGAGCGCAGAUAGCUACAGUAGCGAUAGCUCCUCUAGCAGUAGCUCCUCCAGCAGUAGUAGCAGUAGUAGCAGUUCGAGUUCGAGCGAUUCCAGCCCUGACUCGGACUAG